AUGAGAGAGACGACGCCGGAUGGAAUUUCCUUAGGAUCCCAGGCAAGAGAUGUUGAGCAUGGAAGGGCUGCCGCUCAGCUUUUUCGGCAAGAUGAGCUUCUCGAAUUUGGCGGUUUUGAUGAUGUCCGCCAUCCUCAUAAUUGGUCUUUGGCGUCCCGUAUUUGGGCGACUUUUAUGUUGGCAAUGUUCAAUUUGGUCGUGACUAUUUCCAGCAGUAUUUUUGGUAGUGCUCAAGCAAAAGUCGCAGACCAAUUUGGUGUGAACGAAGAAGUGGCUGUACUUGGCACGUCUCUCUUCUUGGUUGGUUAUAUAAUUGGCCCUCUCAUUUUUGGGCCAUUGUCCGAGAGGUUCGGACGCAAGUUACCCCUUGUCAUAGGAGUCGGAAUAUCAUCUUUGUUCAGCCUCAUGCCAGCGUUGGGUCAAAAUAUUGCUACCGUCCUAGUCGGCCGUUUUCUAGCAGGGUUGUUCGGCGUCGCUCCUAUUGCUGUCCUUGGUGGACUAAUUACAGAUUGCUGGAACGUCGUUUAUCGUGGAACUGCCUUAGCGUUUUGCAUCUGCUUGGUGUUCUCCGGUCCCACGUUUGGCCCGAUUAUUGGCGGAUUAAUAGUCGACAGUUCUGCAGGCUGGAGAUGGACUAUGUGGGUUGUCGUCAUUGCUGGGCUAUUCUUUUCCCUCCUCGCUAUGCUGGUCCACCCUGAGACCUACCCUCCAGCUAUACUUCAGCGUAUUGCGAAGGAUCUGCGGAAGCAGACUGGGGCCCGAAAUAUCCGUUCGCAGUUGGAUAUGGAAGAAGCAUCUCUCCAUAAAUUAGCGCAGCUUUACCUGGUACGCCCAUGGGUGCUCUUCUUCACGGAGCCGAUUCUUGUUCUUCUAACACUAUAUCAGUCCUUUAUAUAUGGUCUGAUGUACCUAUUUUAUCAAUCAUAUCCUAUCGCCUUUGGUGAAGUUCGCGGGUGGGGCUCGGGUCUUGCUUCACUUCCACUCCUAAGCAUCAUCACUGGAGUAUUUGUUGGCACUGCCGUGGUUGUUAUCUAUACUCAAACGUUUUUCAAGCGAAAGGUGGAAAGCAAUGGCGGUAAAUUCGAGCCUGAAGACCGCCUCCCGUUAAUGAUAUUUGGUGGCUGUCUUGUACCAGCUGGCCUGUUCUGGUAUGCUUGGACUUCCAAUUCUCAGAUUCCCUGGCCAAGUGAAGUCUGCUCGGGAUUCCUUAUCGGUUGGGGCAUGUACACAAUUUUCAUUCAGUGCUUUACAUAUAUUGUUGACUGCUAUACAAGCAUGGCAAACAGUGCAAUGGCAGCCAAUGGUGCUGUAAGGAGUGUCUUUGGUGCAGUGUUUCCUCUCUUCGCCAGGUUCAUGUAUCAUAAAUUGGGAGUUGCCUGGGCUACAAGUCUCGUCGGUUUUCUCAGUGCGGCUAUGGUCCCAGUGCCUGUUGUCUUCUGGAUCUACGGUGGACGUAUACGGAGCUGGUCGCAACGGACUCGCAGUGCUAGCUGA